CAUGUAUAUAUGAACAUGUAAAGACAGUACUUGCAAACAUUGAAUGAAAUACAAGGCCGAGCAAUAGUUGAUACAUGUUUCUGAGCAGUAUGGAGCUAUGACCACCUUCUCACCACAAGCGCAUCCAACGUGGGAAGCAUUCAUUCCAUACGGGAUAGUCUCAUACUCUGUAGACACCCGACGCGUAAACCUUCUGACCACUCCAAAAUCGCCCGGAUACCACAAUGAAGGUCACAAUCAAGCAGUGGAAUGCCGUCGCUGCAUGGCGCUGGGACAUGCCCGAGGACGACAUGUGCGGCAUCUGUCGCAAUCCCUACGACAGCACAUGUUCCAAGUGCAAGUUUCCAGGCGAUGAGUGUCCUCUCCUCAUAGGCGAGUGCAACCACUCAUUCCAUAUGCACUGUAUAUACUCGUGGCUUCGUCAAGAACAAUCACAGGAGAAGUGUCCCAUGUGUCGCCAACCUUUCAAAGCAAAGGACGCCAACGAGCAGCCUUCUGUCGUGGAGCAGUCGAACGUGGUUGCAGCAGCUGGAUGAUUCACAUGUAGAAAGAGGUGUGCAUUGGAGAUCCGAAUAGCAAUGAACCUAGAUGGCAUUGGGUACAGAUUCUCAUUCUCGCCGGAUAAUGAUACCGACACUCAGCUCCCUCACGAGGGCAGCUUCGUGCUAGAGAUAAUAAAUACGCGGAGUGCAAGAAGACGGCGACAUAUAUUCUUCAGAGAGGAUGCGCAACGAGAACGUACAUGCAAAGCGGCCGGGGAAGAUUGGAUAGUGUAUUGUUUUGGCGAAGAAGCGUUAGGCAACAAGGCAAAUAUCUCAUAAGGCUGAGGCCGAGCUCGCGUAUCGAUAAAGCCUAUAGCAACCUAUAAUUACCUCUGAG